ACGCACACAAGCAUACACAACAUGCACAAGCACACACAACAUGCACAAGCAUGCACAACAUGAAAUCCGCCCCACUUCUGUCGGGCGCUGACCAGCCGAGAAUUCUGCUCCUGCCCUCGGCAGUUUCGAGUCAAUCCCACGACAGCUGCAGCGCCGUCUGCACGACAAGCGCAGCCCGCCGUUCCUGCUGCCUCAGUGCCCUUAGGUAGCCAGGGUACAUACCUGUAACUUUGCGUCGCCAGGCCUCUGGAUGGAUUCGCUGCAGAGGAACGCGUCUGCACACUCCCAAUAACGUUUGGCUGUUCCCGGCUCGCGCAAUGCCCGCCCAACAGUUGCCGACCCCGCCUGUGCCGCCGAGGGUCAAUCGCGAUCUUGUGACGCUCAUCAUCACCACGUCGCCCACGCCUUCCGCACCGUCGACCGAGCUCUUGUCGGCGGUCCUCUCGUCUUUCCGCGCACACUGCCCCGCCCUUUUGGAAUUCCGUGUCAUUCUGGUCAUCGACACGUACGACCACAUCACCACGCGCGCGCGAUUAAAAAAGGGCCAGGUCACAGCCGACUUUGCCCAGAAGUUUGCCGCCUACAAGGACAACGCCAAGCGGCUCAUCCUCGACCAGUAUGCGCCUGCACCGCCCGGAAAAGACGCCGACAGCCAUGGCCGCGACAUGGCGCUGUCGUCGUCCGAGGCCGAGUUUGGGUCCAUCCAGUACGCCAAGCAGAACAACAACGUGCCGCUCGCGAUAUCGCGCACCCGCGACGGCCGCGUCACCUUCAUCGAGCCUGGGGUGCGUCUGGGCUUCGGGCUGGCCGUGCGCUCGGCCCUGCGGCUGACCGAGACGCCCUACGUGUGGGUGCACCAGCACGACUGGGCCCUCGUCGCCGACAUCCCCAUCGGCCCGCUGCUCGACAUCAUGCAGGAGCAGGAGCGGCACGCGCCGGCCGAGUCCGAGUCCGAUUCCUCCCCGGCCGACACCGCGGCCGACGGCAUGGACCGCCAGGUCCUCACCGUGCCCGUCAAAUACGUGUGCUUCCCGUCGAUCCGCAUGGUCAGCUACGCGACCUCGGACCACGUCGUGCAGUUCCCCGCCCUGCGCGCGCUGACGAACCUGCACAAGCAGAACUUUACGCCGCGGUCCUCGGCAGCCACGGCCCCGAGUCCGGAAGGCGCCGCCCAAAAGAUCCCGCUCACGCCGCUCUUCUUCUGGCACGACAAGCCGCACCUGGCGACGACGGCGCACUACCUGGCGCUCGUGUUCCCGAACCGCAUGUCGAUGCUGCGCGGCGCCUUCAUCGAGGACACGGCCGGCCACCGCGCCCGCUGCGAGAUGAAGGACGGCCAGUGGCGCCGCUGGGCCUGCUGGCUGUACUACCCCGACGACGGCCGCAGGCUGUGCGUCCGCCACCUCAAGGGCCGCACCUGGCGCGGCACCGAGGCCGAGCUCGCAAAGAAGAUGGAGUGGCUGCAGCUCAGCGAGCGCUAGCCGCCGACGCCGCCCGUGUCGGAGGCGGCGCUGAAAACCGCGCCGGCGUCGUCGGUGCAAGUCCCGGCGUCGUCGGUGCAAGUCCCGGCUUCGUAGGAUAUUAAGAUUGAGGCCGGCACUCGAUAUUAUGGCUGCUCUUCUGUCAUUUGGCGUCACUGGUUUUUGGGGAUUGCGUAUAUACUAUCCUCAUAGAUGAGUGGUUUUUUGUCGAGAGAUGGCAGUUAACUGAUGUUGAUAGGUCAUUAAUUAGGCGAUCAUUAAUUAGGCGAUCAUUAAUUAGGCGAG